AAGAGAAGUAGGGAGAGGUACAUGUACAUGUACAUGUAGAUAGUUGGGAAUAGAAAAGUGUGAAAUUUCCUGUCAUUAUCAUCCUUCCUCUCCCUUUCAUUCCUUAUUCCUAAUAGGGUGUCCUACUCCUACUCAGUUGUUGUCAUUAAAAGGUCACACUGGACAAAUAAUGAACAAUAGAUACUGCACCAGUAACAACACACUUUAUACAAUUUCAGAGGAUUUCACUCUCAGAUCAUGGACCAUAUCUCCUCCUACUGAUAGCACUAGUACUGUAUUACCAAUGAAUGAUGCAAUGAAAAAUGAAGGAGCUGAAUUAUUGCUACCAGUUUUAGAAUUAAAUUGUAAUAAAACUUGUAUAUCUCUUGCUUGUGGUAAGGUGGUUAGUAUUUGGAGGGUAAGUAUUUGGAGGGUAAGAGACAGUUCUUGUGUUAGCAUUACUCUCCCUAAUUUAAUUACUGACUUGAAAUGGAGGACAAACGAAGCAGCAGCAGAACCACCUAUACUACUGGUUGGUUUAAUUGAUGGUACAUUGGCUAGUAUAACAGUACAUAAAGUAUCAGUGAGUCUGCCAAUGGAAACCAACCUUGAGAUUAUCAAUGAUGAACUGGUACUGUAUUGAGGAAGACCAUGAGGAGUGGUAGUCAUGGACCUGGUGUAGUCAUACACAGGAUUCAGAAAGAGUAAGGG